AUGGCAUGGUUACUGGCAGCUGGUGGUAUAGCAGCCAUUGGUGGCAUUCUUGUUGCAAACUGGGAUUGGUUCAAGAAUAUUCCAAGGCCAGAUUUAGCUUAUCUGAGUGCUAUUAAACUCAAGGCUUUAGAUGGAUCAGGAAAGGAGAUCAUGGCUUCUGACCUCUGGAGAAAUUCGGGUGCAGUCAUUAUGGUCAUUAGAAGACCAGGAUGAAUUUUGUGUAUAGAGGUACUGUAUCACAAAGUGACAAUUUAAGAGAUAUCCUUUAAAAAAAAGAUUAUUUAAAGGAUCUCUUAUAUAGUGCCACCUACAGAAUUCUGGAUGAAAAGGUGUAAUGCGGAGGCAUGCUUGAAUAACUUGCAAAACAGUAGGUAGUGUCUGAGCAAAAAAUAUGCUAGUGUCGAGCAUCAUGUCACCAGGCACAUGUCACUAAAACUUUUCUUUUAUCUACAUGGCGCACACAACACAAAAGACUGUGUUCUGUGAAACAAAUAUGCAGCACUUUGCCAUUGAGCAAGGUGACACGAUAGUGAGAGCAAUGUGACAUACAAUGACACAGUGACAAAACUAAAGAUACAUGUAUUUAUUAACUUAAGUACCGGUAUACUUGGCACAACCUGGCUUUUGUUGCUUUUAGGGGACUGUUGCUCUAAAGAGGAAAACAAGUAAGCUUAAGUGAGCAAGCAAAAUGAUGGGUUUAAUAUGACGAAAAAAAAAUGAUGUUGUGUGUUUGACAACAAUGAACAAAGAACGAAUAAAGUGCAAAUACUGGUCAUUUCUUUUUUCAUUUCUUUGUAAUUUUUCGAUUUUAGGCAGUUUGACGCAGAUUCAAGUGAGAAUACAGAAAAUAAUAAAAUAUAAAAUACAUUCAUGUUUUUUUCUCGUUUUAUUAUAUUCUACAUUUGACGUAAACAGUCAUUAUCUAGUCACAGAAACUCAUCAUUAUUUUUGUUUCUGCAUUCAGUAAGUUUUUUGCUCUAUAAAGCGAUGGUCCUUUAAAAGUAACAAAAACCUACAACUUCCAUGUAGCACUCCUUAUUAGUAUGGUGCUUGGACAAAUAUAAUAGAAUUGGUGGGCCGAGCUAGGGAUCUGUAUGAAAUACAUCAAACACUUACAGGUGUAUCUAAAAGUUUUUGCUUUCCUUUUUUAGGAGGCUUUAGAGCUCUCCUCUCUGAAACCUGAACUUGACAAGAGAGGUAUAAACCUUGUGGGGAUAGUUCAUGAACAAAAAGGUGUGAAGAAGUUUCAGCCAUAUCUAAACUCUCCGAUAUACUUGGAUGAAGAGGUACAACACAUAGCAGGAUAACAUUAUGCGUUUGCUAAAGGCACAACAUUAUCACAUUACUUUAUGUUUAGAGUGGGAAACUUUAAGGAAUUUCUACAGUUUAAUUGUGAAUGAGCAGUUGAUGUUAUUAGAUAAUGUAAACAUCAAUGCAUCCCAAACUCUUAAUCUACUCUUCCUUGGCAACUAUGAUCAUUGGGUGUGUCCCUAUCUGGAUCAGGAUUUAUGAUCCAAGAUCACGGCAGUGGGUCACGGUGCAUCAAAUAAUGAACCAUUGUGUCCUUUUGCACAUGGGAUUCAUCGGUUUCUUUGAUGCACGAUGCAAGUAAUCUUGGAUGAUAAAUCCUGAACUGGAUUAUCCCAAAGGAAUGCACUCUUAAUUCCCCCACCUGUUUAUAACAUUAUUGAUUAAGCCCUGGGUAGAAUAAUACUAUUUUUUGAAGCUCCUUUACGCUAAACCAAGGGGACCACAAGAGUCAUCACGGUAACUAACUGUAGCUUGAUGUUAAACUUUUCAAGUCCCAAUAUCCACAUAAAAAUUUUUCAGAGUGAAGAAUAAGGUGAGAGAAUUUGAUAGAAGAUCAUUGAAGCAAUUUCCCUUAGUUGAUCAUUUUAUUAAUUUUCACUAUCUGUUUUCUUGAUGAUGUAUUGACAUUGUUAGGAGAAUGUUGGUAUUGGUCACCCAUGCCCAGGACAAAUAGUCCUCCAAACUAUUUGACCCUGGAUUAUAAUAUUCAGUUACAUAUCCAGGGCCAGGUGGUUCAAAGGACAAUGAGAUCUCAAAACUGAUUAUGCAAGGACAUUUUUGUUGUGUCUGUGUUCUUGAGAUGGUUGUUGAUGGUUUUUUGCUUUCGUUUUUUUUUUUGCAGAGAAAAUUUUACGGUCCAGAGCAGAGAUGGAUGCUCAUUAGUGGUAAGAAAACAAUAUUAUUUCGUCAAAACAAUUUUUGUAGCCAUAAAACUAAGUACAAGAUGUGCAGCGUUACAACGCUCAGAGUGGUCUCCCAUGUAAUAGCACAGUUAUACAUGGCAGUGAGAAAAGGUUUUAAAGUACAUUUAAUUGCAAUGCAAUGUGUAUUCAUCUUUUUAAAAAGUGAAGACGUUACAACAUUAAGGUAAAGUAACUUUCACCUGUGAACGUAGCCUGCAUUCAGAGGUCUCCUAUUUCCUCAUUACCCAAAGUCUUGGGAAACCGGAACAUGAUGAGCAAUCCUUGGUUUGCAACCACGUGACAAGGCGCCCAUGUUGGGGGUCAAAACAACAGAAUUUUUUCUCGAAGAAUUUACGAGUUCCCAGAGGAGAAAAAUGGCCGCCGUGACAUCACGUGGAAACCAGCAAUGGUGUUAUGCAGACGUCCAUUUUCCUCUUGCAACAUAGGAAACAGGAGAGGUCUGCACGCAGGCUGUCGCUUCUCACCACCCUUCUCUCGGCGUGUGAAACAAAAGCCAAGCGGCUAUGCUCACACUUAUACUGUAUUGCUUUUUGUGCCGACACGAAAAUCUCUCUAGCCUGUGUACAGACCCCCUCUCCCCUCAGGUUUUUUUUUCUGAGGGAAGGGGUAGGGGGUCUGUACACUGGCUAAAAUCUAUCCGGUAUAGUGUGUACACCUAACGGGAUAUGUGACUCUCCACUUUAGAGAUCGGUGUGGUGCCGUCAACAGAAGCUCUAUCCAGUAUGAUUUUCAUGCUGUUGCCGACAAAAGCCUACCCUGGGUACCGGAGGUUUUUCCUCGCGCGCGUCGGGGAGCUUCGUUUCGUCGGCCGAAGGCCGAAGACACGAGCGGCGCGGGUCACUUUUUAAGACUUGACCGAAACCGGAAACCGCGCAUGAAAAGCCUCUGGCACCUAGGGUAGCAAAAGCCAUCCAGUACAGUGUGAACUUAGCCUAAAGUUAACAUGCUAUCAGGCGUUCUUUUUUUGCAGAGGAUGGGGAAAGGCCUUUCAAACAAAAAAGGAAAAAGACCGCUCGAUCGCAGAUAAGGUUAAAGUAGGUACAUAUGAUAUUGCAUUUGAAUCUGAUUUCUUUGCAGGAUUUUUUCGCAUCGGUGUUUGGAAGGCAGGCCUCCGAGCUUUGCGCAAAGAUAUUGUAUGGGAUCUUAAAGGAGAAGGCCGGAUUUUAGGUGGUGUUUUUGUAAUUGGACCUGGAGAGCAAGGAAUUCUACUUGAUCACCUAGCUAAGGACUUUGGCGAUGAAGUUGAUCCAAAAGAUGUUAUGACUGCCGUUGAGAAAAUUAAGUACUAUAGUACGGAAAAGUCUCAGUUGUAAUCAGAUGUCCUUAUAGACACUUAAAGGGGCUAUGCCAUGAGGACAUUGCUGUUUUUUAAUCUGUUCUGAAGUUAUCACUUAGUUCCUUUAUCCAUGCACAAAAUGCUCCAGUUUUGUGUAGAAGAUAUCAAACAAGUUUCAUUAGGGAGCGCUUACCAUGAUUAUUUUUUUGGUGAAUUUUGCACGCUGAGCAUGUAAUCUUGGGGAAAAAAAAUGCCCAAUUUUUUAAAGUUUCAAUCCAUGUUCAUCUUUACCAUUUGUUGCAAGAGACGACAGGAAACAGUGUCAGUGCCUAGAUGUAGUAUUAGAUAACAAAACUGGAGCAUUAUUUUUGGAAUUCAAUUAAUGUGAAGACACGUCUUAGCGGUUUACGUUCCUUUCGAUACAAGUUUAUUCAGUUUAGGCGUAACUGACUUAAACUAUAUACUUAAAAUUAUCGAAAUUGAGUUCGUAUCGAAACGACUUUGUAUCGAAAUGACUUUGUAUCGAAACGACCGAACUCCGUCUUAGCUUUACAAAAAGAUACCAAAUAGCGUGACAUAGUCCCUUUAAACAGAUCUCGAAAUGAAUAAUGAUUAAGUCCAACUCCUGCAAAAAGAUUCUAACGAGGAGUUUAUUUUACUUAGAUGGUGAGGGGCAGGGUUUUUUUAAAAGCCCAUUUUCUUUGUAUUAAAGUAUGAAUAUUUUUUAAGUAAAGGGUUCAACGAAAGAACCUUGUCUCUGUAAGCAAUGAAGUUUGGAGUGCAACUCUUCGAAGCAUCCGGUCAAUACAGUACGUUGGCUCCAGAGGUUUGUUAUCAAGAUCUAGAAUAGGAUUUUUUUAGAUCCAACGACGCGACGGCAACGAGAACGUCAAAAAACGAUAGGUUUAGUAGGCAAAACAACAGCUUCACACGUGCAUCACGCUUUUUUGAACAUUUCUUUGCCGUUUUUGGACGACUUCGACGUGAACAUACCUAAUUUCGCGUUUUAUGGAGAACGUAAACAAGCAACAACGAAUUUAUAUUUCUCUGAGGGGGGUUCGCUUACAUUUGACAAAGAAAGUGGGUAGGAAUAGUCGCGAUAAGGACUUAAAGAACGCAUAUUCUUUUUUUAAGCGACGUUCUCGUUGCCAGCGCGUCGUUGGAUCUUACAAACUGUAAAGACCCUAACGUGAUAACCCACGUCCACGAUUUGCACUUGAAAAAGCCUCCGAGAUGGGUUUUUCGUCGGUGCGUUGCACCUCGUCGCAAAAUUUUUAUUUAAAACUAGUCACAUCCGCGUAUACCAUUUGUGACUGAAUAAAUUACUGAUCUAGCUGGACAGUCCUGAUUAAUGGUGGAAUUCUCCGUAAGAUUUGACUGGUUUGGCCAGCGAGUUUUGACAAAUGGAAAACGCCCUGGUUUUUCGAAGCGUUUUUGUUUCAAUUAGAUUAUCUUGAAAAUCAAUGGCUGUAUUAAACCGGCGCGGCCACAUAUAAAGCUUAGUAAGCACAAAAACACCUUAAAGUAAGCAUGUGAUAUGGUAGAUUAAUCUAUUUACAUGUCCUUUUAAUGUCAGAUAAACAUUUAAUUUUGUUUGGGGCUAU